CUCCUCCAUCCCAUCCACAUCCAGCGCUCGCAUCGCCCGUCCCUCCGCUGCCGCCGACCUCGCUCAUCUGCAGCCUGCCCGCCUCACCACCAUGCUCAGUGGCAUCUUCUUCUUCAACGCCAAGGGCGAGGUCCUGAUUUCGCGUCUCUAUCGCUCGGAUAUCAAGCGCUCGUUCUCGGAUCUCUUCCGGAUCCACGUCAUCGCCUCGACCGAUGUCCGCUCGCCCAUCACCACGCUGGGAUCCACCUCAUUCUUCCACGUUCGCAACGAAAACAUCUUCAUCGUCGGCGUCUCGAAGCUCAACGCCAACGCCGCUCUGGUCUUUGAGUUUCUCUACAAGAUCCUGAACCUUGGCAAGUCCUAUUUCGGCAAGCUGGACGAGGAGGCGGUCAAGAACAACUUUGCUCUGAUUUACGAGCUCCUUGAUGAGGUCUGCGAUUUCGGAUACCCCCAAAACACCGAGUAUGAGACGCUCAAGAUGUUCAUCACUACCGAGGGCGUCAAGUCCGAGAUGGCCAUGAAAAUGGAGGGCUCCAAGAUUGCCAUCCAGGCGACGGGUGCGGUGCCGUGGAGACGGCCUGAUAUCAAGUACCGCAAGAACGAGGCCUUCUUGGACGUCAUCGAAAGCGUCAAUCUGCUCAUGAGUGCCAAGGGCACCAUUCUGCGAGCCGAUGUGUCUGGCCAGCUGCUGAUGCGGGCCUACCUGUCUGGCAUGCCCGAGUGCAAGUUUGGCCUGAACGACAGAGUGCUGCUGGAAAAGGAAGGCAAGGUCACCCCCAACGUCAAACAGAGCGGUGCCGUCGAGCUGGAUGACUGCCAGUUCCACCAGUGCGUCCGCUUGACCAGCUUCGACUCGAACCGAACGAUCAGCUUUAUUCCGCCCGACGGAGAGUUUGAGCUCAUGAAGUAUCGAACGACCGAAAACAUCAACCUUCCGUUCCGAGUGCACGCCGUUGUCAACGAGGUCUCCAAGACAAGGGUCGAGUUCAAGGUCUCGGUGCGCUCCCAGUUCUCGAGCAAGGUCUUUGCCCAAAACAUUGUGGUGUGCAUCCCCGUCCCCACCAACACGGCAAGCACCAAGAUCCGAGUGACUAGCGGCAAAGCCAAAUACAACGGCAGCGAGAACUGCUUCAUCUGGAAAAUCUCAAAGUUCCAGGGACAGCAGGAAUAUCUCUUGGGCGCCGAGGCUGAGCUGACCGUCACAACCAACACGAAGCCCUGGUCGCGGCCUCCGAUCACACUGGACUUCCAGGUCCUGAUGUUCACGGCAUCUGGGUUGAUGGUCCGAUUCCUCAAGAUCUUCGAGAAGAGCAACUACCCCAGCGUCAAAUGGGUCCGCUACAUGACCAAGGCCGGAUCCUAUCAGAUCCGGUUCUGAACGCCUCGGCGGCCCUGGCUUUGGAGGAUUCCACUCUGAUCUCGUCGGUCACAGUGCGAUCCUCACCGAUGGACACCCUCGUCUCUCAUCCGGCCCCCGUCGCUCCUGAGGUCG